AUGGAACAUCAUAAAGAAGCUGCUAAGCAUGAUGGUCCAAUUAACUUCGAUGACAAGGAAAGUGAUGAAAGGAGGAAAACAAGGGUGCGAAACCGGUUUGUGGAAGAAAGCAAGGAAGAGGUAAAUGAAAAGGCUGAUGCUUUUAUUAAGAACUUUCGCAAUCAACUAAAGAUUCAGCGCGAAGAUUCGCUGAAACGUUUCCAGGAGAUGAUCUCCAGGGGCAGAAAGAUGAAGCAUGGCUUACAGCUAAAGGUGCUUUAUUCUAUUCUGGCUGCUGCAGAUAUGAUGCUUAAUUUGUCCCCUCCUAUUCUUGUCUAA